AUGCAGGGGCCGUACGACCGCAGGAUGUUGCUCAGUGGACCAGCCACUAUUAAGAAGUUCGAUGCCGAGCUGAUUAGCGAAGCUAUGUCUUAUCUCCGACCGGACAACUUUAGGAUGACGAUUUGGUAUGGUACAGAGUACAAAGUCGAGAAGAUACCAGAAGACUUCCUUGCCGAGAUGAGAGAAGCAUUCGCGAGCAAGAACUGGCUAGCAGAGUUACAUUUCCUACACAGAAACGAGUUUAUCCUAACCCGACUGGAGGUGGAAAAGAGAGACGUUGGACAGCCGACCAAGGCGCCUAAGCUUAUCCGCCAUGACGACAACGUGCGCGUCUGGUGGAAGAAGGACGAUCAGUUCUGGGUACCCAAGGCUCAUGUGCACAUCUACUUCCGAACGCCUAUCGCUAGCGUCACACCUCGUACCACACUACUAUGCACGCUCUACUGCGAGCUUGUGAAUGAUGCUCUAGCUGGGUGUUUAUACGACGCCGGCUACUCUGGACUGAUGUACAACUUUACUAAUCACAUCGGCGGCCUUUUGAUCGAUGUCAGUGGCUACAAUGGCAAAUUAGAUGUGUUUCUAGGGAAGAUUUUGCUCCAGGUACGGGAUCUCGAGGUAUCGGAAGACCGUUUCCAGAUCAUCCGCGACCAGAUGUUGCGUUACUUACGCAAUUCGGAGUACGAGCAGCCCUCCGACAUGAUUGGCUCCUACUCUGAACAGUUCAAGAGCGAGAAGAGUGUGAUGAACGAAGACCUGGUCCCAGAGCUUGAGAACGUGACCGCGCGUGAUGUCCAGCAAUUCUUCCCGCAGAUCCUAGCGCAAUGUCAUGUCGAGGUCUUGGCACUCGGCAAUCUGUACAAAGAGGAAGCUUUGGAGAUUACCGAUCUCGUAGAGCGUAUUGUCAAGCCAAGGGGACUGCCAGCGAACCAGGUACCGACACCUCGGGGACUCAUAUGGCCAUCUGGAAGCAACUUCAUCUACAAGAAGCAACUAAAGGACCCUGGAAACGUCAACCACUGCAUCGAGUACAGCCUGUAUGUUGGGCACCGCUACGACAGCAUUAUGCGCGCCAAGCUGCUGCUUCUUGGACAGAUGACAGACGAGCCUUGCUUUCAUCAGCUUCGUACCAUCGAGCAGCUCGGCUACGUCUAUCUCGAGGGUCGCAUCGAGAACUUCCUCAACACGUUCGAGCAGACGUUGAACGACAUGAGCGAGGAGGACUUCGAGAGCCACAAGCGCGCCAUGAUCAACAAGAGGCUGGCGAAACUGGAGAGCUUGUCGUCUGAAGCCAACAGGUUCUGGAAUCAUAUUUAUAGUGAUUCGUAUGAUUUCCUGCAAGCCGGCGUUGACGCCGCGACUCUUGAGAAGCUCACAAAGAAGGAUGUGGUCGACUUCUACAGUCAUUACAUCUCGACAUCGUCCUCCCAGCGCUCCAAGCUGUCAGUGCAUCUCCUAGCACAGGCCAAGGCGAAUGAGUCUUCCCUUGGUGAGAAGAAGACUGCCGCUGCCGCUGCAUUCAAGAUUAUCCUCGCCGAACACAAGAUCGCAGCCAACGACGAGGCUUUUCAGACCCGUACCGAAGACGCGUCGUCCAACGAAGCUGCCUCAGAUGCCGUUGCCAGCUAUCUUACUGACAACCUCAGGAUAGAGAAGGGAGUUGCUAACAAGGUCCUUGAUGAAGCCAAGGCUGAGCUGGGUGUCGCAGACUCUGGUCUUCGAGCUGCUCCGCAGGCUCUCGAUGUAUCGCAACCAGUUCUCAUCGAGAAUGUACACGCCUGGAAGGCGAGUAUGCAAGUCAGCUCUGCUGUGCGACCAGUACGCAACCUAGAAGGGUUUCUCGAAGUUACCCCGAAGCUAUAA